CAAAACUUGAAUUCUGCGUUGUUUCCACUUCGCCAUUCACCUCUUUUCCCAACACAAUGGCCCCCAAAAGCUCGGUCUUCCUGCUCGGUCCUGGCUUCAUUGGCCUCGAAAUCCUGAGCGAGCUCCUUAAACAGGGCUAUUCUGUCACCACACUCGUUCGUCGAGAUGAGGCGCGCACAAGCCUCGAGCAGAUGGGUUCCAAGACUGUUAAAGGUUCCCUCGACGACCACGAUGUUAUCCGCUAUGCAGCUGCAAAUAAUGACAUCACGAUUCACACCGCAACAGCUGAUCACAAGCCAUCAGCUAUUGCCAUUCUUGAUGGCAUUGCAGAACGCGCCAAGAGCGGGAAGAGUUCAAUCUACAUUCACACCAGCGGGUGCAGUGCCAUAACAGAUAAAUCAGAGGGGAAGUAUGUUAGUGACAAGAUAUAUGAGGACGACAAGCCCGAGACGAUCGAUAGCAUAGCCGAUGACGCUCCUCAUCGCCAGAUUGACCUGGCUAUAUUGGGGCAUCGCAAACAACUCGGCUUCGCCGGCUUCUGCGGAGGAGGAAAAGCCGUCUGGGGCCAGGUUCACGUCUCCGAUUUAGCAAAGGGCUACAUGACGAUCUUGCACUACAUGGAAUCUUCAUCCGGCGACGAAGUGCUCAAGAACCCCUACUUCUUCAUCGAGAACGGCGAUGAGCACUCUUGGGAGAAGAUGGCUGCGGAGAUUGGUACGGCGCUGCACAAUGCUGGCAAGCUUCAGGAUCCGAAGCCGAGGGAAAUUCCCAGUGGGAUGUUUGGCGAUCUUUUCCAGGAGUGGUCUGUCGCGGUCAUUGGGGAGAAUGCGAGGAACCGCGUCAAUAGGUUACGUGCUCUGGGCUGGAAACCUCAAGGGAAGUCGACAUUUGACUCGUUUGUGGAGGAUGAGUUGCCUGUUCUACUGGCUGAGAAGGGUGAAUAUCAAGGUUAUGCGGCACCUGUUGCUUCGUGAUGUCCCGGUGACUUUGACAAAUUCGGUAGCAAUCAAGAAUAAUGAUGCACAACG